AUGAAUGUUUUAUCAGUUAAUGACCAUUUCCAUGCUUUUCUAUCUUUAUUCAAUUAUUACCAUGAAUCAAAUACAUCCAAUGAGAAAGAUUACAUGUUCCCAAAAAAUCAUUCGAAAUAUAAAUUUUCCACAGAGGAAACCAAUGCAAUAGUAUUUAUUGUUCAUUCUACGCUUCAUACGGCUAUGAAUCUUUGGAAUGAAAUCAUCAUUCAGACAAAAAUUAUCCUAGAAAUCGGCGGAUACCUGAAAUAUGACCAUGGUUUCAAUCUCCGCAGAUUUCCUUAA